GCUCCCCUAGCGCGCCAGUCCCGGGGCUGCAGGGAGCGCAGCGCGGGCGACCCGGGCCCCGGCCACCGGACACGACCCUCCCUGGAGCUUGGACAUCUGCCCAUCUCGGACACUGCACCGGACACUGCCCUCCACAGGGCUGGACACUACAACGGACACUACUUCCCAGCUCCGGACAUUGCUCCCUCCUCCUCCCCUCCUCCCCCCGACCCUGGACGCUCUUCCCCCUCCCCCUCCGGGGGCCCAGACAUUGAGCCCCCCGCAGGCUCUAGCUAGUGUCGCCUUGCACCCCAGCGCCAGGCACUGCCCCCUCCCUGUUCCCCUCUCCCUCCUCUUCCUCCAGCCUCCCCUUUCCCCUCCACUCCUCCUGGGUCGAAGCCCUGCAAUUUCUCCGACCCCCUGCGGCUCAGCGGAGGCUGCCCGCGCCCCCAUCCCCCGGCGGUUCGCCCGGAUGCCUCUCCCCGGGGGAUUAUGGUGGCUUCUCUGCUGCCGUCGAGGCUUCACUCUUCUGCACCGGGACUACGGGGACGGCGAACUUAGCGGGGACGGGGACGAGGACGAGGACGAGGAAACCUUUGAGCUACGGACCCCGAGUCCAGCGGGCGGCGGGAGGGGUCCCCUGGACGUGACGCUGACUCAGCCGGUGAGGAGCGGACCCGUCUCCGACAGGCUGCAGAGCUCCUCCGACGAGACGCGGAGCCUCAUCCCGGAGAAGGGGCCGCGGGAAGACGACCCGGACAUCGUCGUGAAAGGUUGGCUGUAUCGCGAGCCCCGCGGAGGAGGGGCGCGGCCCUGGCUGCCCGCGCGUCGGGCUUGGUUCGUGCUCACCCGGGACUCCCUGGACCAGUUCAGCAGCAGCGGGAAGGGGGCGCGGCGCCUCGGGAGCCUCGUGCUCACCAGCCUGUGCUCCGUGACUGGCCCAGAGCGCAGGCCCAAGGAGACUGGUCUGUGGUCAGUGACUGUGUCUGGCCGGAAACACAGCCUCCGCCUCUGCUCGCCGCGCCAGGCGGAGGCGGAGCGCUGGGGGGUGGCGCUGCGAGACGUGAUCGCCGCGAAGGCACCACUCGAGACCCCCACUCAACUGCUGCUCAGGGACAUUCAGGAGAGUGGCCGAGACCCGGAGGCGGUGGCUCUCAUUUACCAACGGAACCCGAUUCUGAGGCACACAAGUGGAGCCUUGUAUGCCCCACUCCUGCCCCUGCCCUACGGAGUCAGCGCCCCAGGUCCAGGCUAUGCACCCUUGCGCGAGGAGGCGGUGCGGCUUUUCCUGGCCCUGCAGGCGCUGGAGGGGGCGCGGCGCCCAGAGACCCUGAUGCAGGGUGUGCUCCAGACCUGCCGGGACCUGCCUGCGCUCAGGGACGAACUCUUCCUGCAGCUGGCUAAGCAGACUUCAGGCCCUGCGGGUCCGCCGGGUCGCCCUGCUACCCAAGACCCCGCGGCCCUGCGGUACUGGCAGCUCCUCACCUGCAUGAGUUGCACUUUCCGGCCUGGAGGAGCGGUUCGCGGCCACCUCCUGGGGCAUCUGGAGAGGACAGAGCAGGCGCUGCCGGACUCGGAGCUGGCGGAGUAUGCGCGCUUCAUCCGGAGAGCGCUGGGCCGGACGCGCGGCCGGGAGCUAGUGCCGUCGCUGGCGGAGAUUUCCGCGCUGAGCCAGCGGCAGGAGCUGUUGUGCACCGUGCACUGUCCCGGGGCCGGCGCCUGCCGGGUGGCCAUAGACUCCCACACAACAGCGGGGGAGGUGGCACGCGAGUUGGUGGGGCGGCUGGGCUUGGCCCGGAGCCGCAAUGCGUUCGCGCUGUACGAACAGCGAGGCGCCCAGGAACGAGCCCUGGCUGGGGGGACCCUCGUGGCCGACGUGCUCACCAGGUUUGAGAAUUUGGCCGCCGAGGAAGUGGGUAUGGAGGACUUGCUGGACUCAGGCUGGAGACUAUGUCUGCGUCUUCACGGACCUUUGCACCCUGAGGGGUUGUCCCCAGACGGUCACGAAUUGCCUUUCCUCUUUGAGCAAGCUCACGCUUUGCUGCUGCGCGGCCGGCCGCCCCCGCCAGACGACACCCUGCGCGCGCUGGCGGCGCUGCGCCUGCAGAGCCUGCACCGGGACUUCUCCCCGCUGGCGCCCCUGCCGCGCCUGGACCGCCUGCUGCCGCCCCCCGCUCCGCCGCGGGAAGGCCCGCCCCGCCCCGCCCCCAGGCCGCCCCCCUCCACCGCCCUGCUGGCCGGGGCAUUUUGGAGCCCAGGCCUGGCUAAGAGGCGGGCGGAGCGGGCCCGGCGCGGCGGGGCCCAUGGCACCGCGGGAAGUGGGGCCCGCGACGGAGGAGGCGGCGCCGGCACGGCGGCUGCUGUGCUGGGCGGCUGGAAGCGACUGCGGGGCAUGGGCCGAGCUGAGGCCAUGGCUGCCUACCUUGCUCUGGCGGCACAGUGUCCGGGGUUCGGCGCUGCUCGGUAUGACGUUCUGGAGCUGAGCACGAAGACUGGUGGGGGUGCUCCACAGAAGCUAUGCCUGGGCCUGGGAGCCAAGGCCAUGUCCCUCUCCCGACCAGGGGAGACAGAGCCCAUCCACAGUGUCAGCUACAGCCAUGUGGCCGCCUGCCAGCUAAUGGGCCCCCACACCCUGGCUCUGAGGGUGGGAGAGAGCCAGCUUCUCCUGCAGAGCCCCCAGGUGGAAGAGAUCAUGCAGCUGGUGAAUGCCUACUUGGCCAACCCCUCCUCUGAGGGGCCCUGUGGCAGCCCUUCUCCUUCAUGCCAAUACCUGCCAGACACCUCUCCUUCCAGCCAGCACCCGGGCCUGGACGAGUUCCAGGGACAGUCUGGCUGUUUGGAGCAGCUGCAGGACUGAGCCUGCCAAGAGGUCACGACCUCCCUCCUGCCUCUAGCCUGGGCCUGGACUACUCAGAUUUGAGGGAAACAUGGACCCUUUUGGCCCUGCAGGGACAGGGCACAAUCCACACCCAAGAGCUUCAAUGGGUGUGGACAAUUUUCUAGUUUGUUUCUUAAUUUAUUUGUAGAAGAGAAGCAAAAAGAAAAAAAGAAAAAAAAAAUCCUUAUUUACACAAA